CCAUGUCUUUGGCAAUGCGAUGUAGCCAGAGCUCUGCUCAAAGGUGACAGAGAUAUUGUGUGCAUUUCGGGGACAGGGUCUGGGAAGACCUUGACCUUUUGGAUGCCACUUCUCUUUCGUCCUGAUGGAAUUCAAGUCAUUAUCACGCCGCUGAACCUCCUCGGGAUUCAGAAUCAAUAUGAGCUUGCAAGCCUCAAGAUUCCUGCCAUUGCGCUCUCUGGAGAGAGUGCAUCA